GUCCGCAUCAUGCACGUUUCAAGUCAGCAUUCUCAUACAUUCAAGGACUCAUCAAGUGGUGGCCGGUCACUGUAGCUCAGCAGUCGAGCUAGAACAUCUUGCGUCAACAACAUGUGGAACCCAUCCUGAAGGAAUCUGCUAUGAACGGGUCCAGACAUGGCUGCUAUGAAUCUUCCGAGAGAACUACCCCAUUCCCAAACAUCGAGGAGGACAGUCAAGAAAAGGAGCAGAAGGAUGGAGCAAAAUCAAAGAAGCUACGCGACGGACACAAGCGGUCGACUUCUGGUAACAUCUUAUCACGAUUGACGUUCUUGCGGACGAACAGCGACCAAGACAAAAGCGAUGUAGCGGACCGCGAUGGCUCCGAUUUCUCCUCCCACCGUGAUCGCGGCGCCAUGGCCGAUGCACAGGCACAUACAAAGCGACCAAAAAGAAAAGGCUCAUUGAGGAAGACGGUACUAGGCAAAGGAAGAGACAGGAAGAACUCCGACAAGAAGAGUCCUCUAUCCAGUGCCGACUCCCCAACGGCACGCACGCCAGACGAAGAAAAGGGCCCCCAGACACCUCGAGCGAGUCAAGAACUGUCGACCCCCGCGUCCCCCGACUCACCGACGUCGUGGCCUUUUCGCACGCUCUCACGCGUCUCCAUUCCCUCCUUGCGCAGCAGCAUUGCAUCAAUCGACCCGGCCUCGUCUGCUGCCUCCAUCACAAGUCCGACCUUGCCAACGGAUGCAUCCACAGACGACGAAGAGCUGAUCUUGCCCCGCAUGCCGGCCUUACGUCAAAUCCCGUCCUCCGCGUCCUCCUUUGGUGAUUCAUACUUCCCAAUACAGGAGCCCAUGCGUCGCAUGUUCGGCUCUCGUACACGGUCACCACUAGCCACGCAGCCGCAGUCUGUCGCGGGGACACCGCCGGCCGACGAUGGCUGGGACUACUCCGAGACCGCGUUCUGGGGCUAUGUCAUAUUGAUUGUGACGUGGAUUGUCUUCGCGGUGGGCAUGGGCUCUUGUUUCGACGUCUGGUCAUGGGCUUGGGAUGUCGGAGAGACGCCCUAUGCCCCGCCGGAAUUGGAGGAUGAUCCCACGUUGCCCAUAGUAGGCUACUAUCCUGCUUUGCUGGUCUUGACAUGCGUCAUGGCCUGGGUAUGGGUUGUAGUGGCAUGGGUGGGCAUGAAAUAUUUCAGACAUGCGGAUUUCAAAGGUGAUGACGGAUAGAAUUCGAUGUCGAAAACAAAGACAUGUUGUGAGGUAUCGAGCCAUGAAACUAGGCGGCCAAGGUAUCUGUAAUCCAAACGCCUUACUCCUCCUGCUUUCCAAUCUUUCCCUGACAACACCGAGACC